ACGCCAGGCAUAUGUCAAAGUUUCAAGUUUCAAUUCUUCAUGGUAGGAAGACUCCUUUUAUAAACGAGCAUUGCUUUAAGGACCUCUGGAAAGUGGUGAACACCAGAGAAGGCACAACUAAUUUGGAGUGGACAUCUACUCACCUAGGACUACCCUUAGCUAUGUGCUUAUUAUGUGUCAAGUGUUUGAACUCAGUUUUGCUUUCGCAAUGAAAGAGUAAAUUAAGUGCAAGCAACAGUACUAGAUCGGCAAUUGAAGAAAGGGAAAUUCGUUUAAUUUAAAUAGUCAUUUGUAUUAAUAGUAAAAUAAUACGGUACACAGUUUCGAAUAGUAGAUACUGUUAUGCCUCAUCGAAUACCUUUUUGUCACAUCUUUAGUUCUGCAUCUCGAACUCCCUCAUCUGGUUUGGCCGUAUACCAAAUUACCAUAACUAAGACCCAUGAAAUCAGGCGUGGUUCAAUGGAUUCGUCGAGAAACCGGCGAGAUCACUCUCUCUCUUUCUCCUGUGCCCCCCUGGUGUUUGCUCUCAGGUCCUCGCGAGGCAACUUCGUUCGGUCAGUUUACGGGCCGCAAGCUUUGCUCUCUGUUGGUCUCGUGCGGCGAAAAAAUCUAAACCCAUCGCGCGCGUUUCGUUUUAAUUACGGUUUCCGGCGCGUGAAUUUAUGACACGACCUUCCCCAGUUCGCGUUCCGUCCUUGCCCGAUUUUUGAACCCGGUACCUGGGGUCUUCAGGUAGAGAAAUACCGGAAGGGUGUUCUAGUAGUGUUCGGCGAAGUGAAUUUUACACACCGGUUCUGUGCGUAACUGGAUAUCUCGAAAUUUUCAAUUGUGCUUCGGUUGUUUUCAAGUGCACUGAAACUGGAAGUGGAAUUAAACAAUUAUGGUGGGGUUCUUUCACCUUUUUCGACGCAUCUGGCCGACGUAUCGCCGCAGUGAGCCCACGUUUUCGUAUCGGUAACAUCGGAAUUAAUUCACGAGAGAGCGUUUUAGAAUGACGUGAAGUGGGAGAGACAUGCAAAUGAAAUGAAGCCGAUUAUAUUCGAAAAUCUUCGCCGCCUCAUGGGAGGCGGCCGCAAGAAGAAGGACAAGGAGAAAACGUCAUUUAAACGGAGCGACUCCUUUAAAAGAAUUUCGAUUAGGAAGAGUUACCUGGAUCGUGGGAAAAAGAAGCACUUGCAGAAGCUGGAGGUUGCUACUCAGACGGUCGCUGAGGAUGUGAUUUCUGGUAAGGUGGACAGUUCGAUUCAGGUGGAUCGCUCGCUGGACCCAACGGGGAAAAGUGCCGAAAAGAGUGUGACUGCUUACAGCCAGUGGGUGAAAAGUAUUCGGCCUAGUGAACCACCAAGUGCGGCGAAGGGUGCCGAACGGACUGUAAUUUACAUCCCCGCGUCUUCGGAGGGAGAAUCCGCGUGUCCGGUCAUACGGCAACUGUCAUCAUCGCCAACGCUGCACAAGAAAUCAACCCUCAAACUAAGACCAACGAGUCCAAUCCUUCAGCGAAAAGAGAGCAAUGAUUCGGCCGUCGAAGUAUUUCCUUGGGGCGACUGCGCGGACUCCAAAAAAUCUCCACUCAUUCGUCGAAAAUCCAGAGCGAAAUCGCCGCAGUCUCUACUACCCGAAUCUGGGGCGGAGGAGAUGUGCUCACUCUCGAUCAGUUUGGGAAGAAUCUGGAUGGACGCGCCCCAAGGAAUGGCCCCUCGCAGUUUAGAGCUGCCGAGAAUCGGCGUGCAACCCCUCCCUGCCCAUCACUCCCUCGACAGCGCCCUUAAGGAUCGCAAAGAAGACCCCAUCAAACUGCUCAAAAAACCCACACCCCCCGUCUCGCGAACCCUCUCCCUCACCAGCAACGCGACAAACUCAACGGGAAUGUUUUCGAGCAAAGACUCCGGGUUCUCAUUCUCGAUCUCAAUACCCAAACUUUCCGAUUUCGGCGGACCGGCGCCUCGUGGUUUUUUCAGGAGAAAGCGACCCAAGCCGAAACUGUCGGUGAGCCGCGACGGGUACUUCAAAAGGACCAGCGGCGCCUUGGAAGUCCGACGGAACUCCGUCAAGCGAAAGAGUAGCAGAAAGAAAAAACUACGCGGCUCGUUGCGGGGAAAGAAAAAGAAGGGCGCCUCGCCCAAGAACGACAUGUAUCAAGUCGUAAUAAGCAGGCAGCGAUGUCUCAAGAACUUGAAGUUGGACCCGAUGAUCUUUGUGCCCCCGGAAAAGCGAAGGACGUCAAUAAGACGCAAACAGUCGUUCAAAGUUGGACUGUUAGAAAUCAGAAACUUUAAUUUGGACGAGGGCUGCAGAAAUUUAAACGAAAGCACUGACGAGGGUCUAUACGAGCCGCUCCCCGGCGAAUUUGAAAACUUCUCGGACGAGCAGCAAUUCCCGAGCGGCCGCGUAUCUCGAAUUAGCUUGCGGGAGGACAACGACGACUACGACUAUCCCUCUAACGAUUUCCAAACCGCCGAUCGCCUGUCUGCGGAAUCGGUUGCCUCGGGGGCGAUUAGCGGUCUGGUCAGUGAUGAUGAUAGCACUUCGUGCGGAAAUGUCUCUCCCUACGUGCCUCCGGGCGUGUCGCCGGUCCCUAGAAGACGACCCGUACGACGAAAACGCUCCGGAUUGUCGCAUAAACGCAGCAUUACGUAUGUGGCGAAACCUAACAUUAUGAGAGCGCCAUCUACGCUCAAAAGGCCAACGAGAAAAAACGGUGAGUCUGAUUAG